CCGACAACCUUGAAACCGUGGUGCAGUCGGCCCAGCUCCAUGAGCCGACUCCUCGACCUCGCCACCGGCGCGGCGCUCGGUGCUCUCGGGCUCGCUCUGAUCGUCACGCUCAAUGAGCGGCUCGAGGAGGAGACCCGGCGGUUGUGGCGCCGCGGCCUUCUCGCCGCUUCUCGAGCCGCUCGCUCGACGCUCACGUACGACCAGGAGGACGAGCACGGCGACGAGCAGGAGUUCAGCAUGAGCAAAUCGCCCGGCACGCCCGGCUCGCGCGCGGCGAGCGGCGCACGAAAGUGCCAGCUUGGCGUGGGUUACAACAAGCAGCUCGCCGACGAGCGGCGGCAAAUCUACGCCCUGCUGGAGAACCUGCCUCGGCUGCCCGAGCUGGACUACGUGCCGACGGCCAAGUACGAGGAGGCUCCGAUUGAGGAGGUGCUGCACCCGCUCAUCGCCGAAGCGUCCGUCAUCAUCGUCGCCGGCGCCUACUUUGGGGACGAGGGCAAGGGCAAGACGGUCGACGCGAUCGCGCGGCACCCCGAGGUGAAGGUCGUCGCGCGCGUCAACUCGGGCGAGAAUGCGGGGCACACCGUCUUUGGCGAGACCGGCCACAAGUACGACUUCCACCUUUGCCCGUCGGGCCUCCUCACGCCCGGCAAGGUAAACAUGAUCGGGCCAGAGUGCGUGAUGGACCCGGUCUCCUUCAUGGAGCGGGAGGUGUCGCAGCUGGUGCGCACCGGAGUGAGCUACAAGGAGCGGCUCUUCAUCGGGAACGUCCACCUCGUCUGCCCGCACCACAAGCUGCUCGACCUGAUUGGCUCGCUCGACCACCUGUUCAACGGCCGCGAGGGGCAGCAGGGCUCGCGCGCGCGGGAUCUCAACCGGCGCAGGCUCGAGCGCGACAUGGGCGAGUACUGGGGCGCGCUUUCGUCGAAGAGCAUCACCGAGGAGGAGCUGCACGAGAAGGCAAAGGCGAACUCGAAGAUCCAGCCGCAUGCGCAGUACGUGCUCGACCUCUUCGACCGCUACGUCGUCCACAACGCAGACUUCCCGCCCUGCGCCGACGUCUCCUUCCUGCUGCGGCAGACGCUCUCGAGCGGAGGCAAGGCGCUGCUCGAGGGCUCGUCGCGAGUCGGCUCCGGCGCGAACCCGUGCGCGCUCGUGCCGCAGCACUACUUUGCGGCCACCGACUCGACAAAGGAGGACUUUGAGGCGAUGCAGAUCGACUGGCGCGACGUGUGCGUGCAGUACUUUGGCUCCAUCGGCGCGAACGGCCUGCUGCGGCCCGGCGCUUUCACCAACCACACUGGCACGUACGACUUGGGUGUCGCCAUGGCCGCCGCCUCGUGCGUGCACCCGUCGCACCGCGAGUUUGGCGUCACGUCGGGCCGGCCUCGCGUGGUCGGCUUCUUCGACUGCGUCGCGCACGCGGAGCUCAUGCAGGCGCAGGGGCCGUACUGCUCCAUCUCCGCCUUUGACCGCGCGGACGACUACGACACGUACGCCGUCUGCGUCGCGUACGUGUACGUCCACCCCGAGGGAACGCCCCUCUCCUCGAACGGGCGCCUCUUCCGGAGCGGCGACAUCCUGCGCCUCUUCCGCAACGGCGACAUCAUCCGCGCGGGCGAGCAGCUGCCGACGCAGCAGGUGCUCGCGCACUGCCAGCCGGUCCUCAAGAAGGUCGACGGCUGGCGCGAGACGCCGAUCUUCGCGCGCUCCGAGUGGUGGCUCGCGCAGCAGCACCCGGUGGCGCUUCCCGAGAAUGUGUGCAAGCUGCUCGACAUCAUCGAGCACUUCACCAAGACGGUGAUCCUCUCGAUCGGCAACGGCCCGCGCGGCGACGAGAUCAUCUACCUGCGCCGCCUCGCCACCCGCGCGUGGGCGACCCCGUCCAAGGCGAGCCGCCGGCCGAGCGCGUCGCUCGAGGAGGCGCUGAGAAGUCGCGCCUAGCUGCUCUCCUCCGCUCCUCGUUCGGCGGCUCGCCGAGCUCAGGAAGCUCGCCCCGACUCUGCGGACCAGCUGGCAGAUGGCGGGGAGAGCGCGUAGGCGGGGCUCGACAUCUAAGGUCGCCAGUAGUGGCCGGCCCUUUUCUACGGCUUUUGGGGCCCUGUUGUUUGCUCCGUGGGGAGAGUCGCAAUGGGGAGGGAGGAAAACUUGCUCCUUCCUCUGAGUAUUAUGUAUUGUAUUGCAUGUCUCGGUUGUCGCGCGUGGCUGGGAGAGGUGCGUCGUGCGUGCUGGACCUUCUCGCCUUCGGCGCGCGGCGUUCACGCUUUUUGUGUGUUUACUGCUCGGUCCAGACU